CGUGAUAAUUCAUUAAUGACUACAUCUACAAGCCAAGUCACUUCCUCCUCACAAGCUGUCAAAAUGGGCGUGACUGAAUUCUCCUACUUCACCAUCAAGCCUGGGAAGACAAUCCCCGACGAGGAGGGUCUCUAUGACCGCGUCUUGGACCUCGCCGUCAGCCAACCCGGCGCCGGAAGCUUAUAUUACGGCAGCUCGAUCGAGAAGCCUGAACAGUCGUGGUGUUUCCUCGACUGGGACUCGGUGGAAGAGCACCUAGCCUACCGUGAAACCGACACCCACGCACCUAUAGGCGAAGCCCUCGGCCCCUACCUAGACUGGACCCAAGGCUACAUCAAACACAUCACGCCCAACGUCUGGCCCCCGACGAUCCUCUCCACGGCCCCCGUCACCGAAGUCCUCACCCUCUUUUUCCCGUCCGACCUCGACUCGGCCGCCAAGGAGGCCCUCACGGCGCAGCUGGAGGAGUUCAAGACCAAGGCGCUCGAUACGAGCCCCGAUUUCCAGGGAAUUAGUUACGGAUGGAGCGUGGAGAAUGAUGUGCCCGUUACGGACGAGCCUGGGAAGACGGGGAACUUGCUUGCUGCGUUUAUCGGGUGGCCGAGCGUGGAUGCGCAUAUGAAGUUUCGCGAGACGGAGCCGUUUAAGGAGAACAUUGGGCUUUUGAGGGGGAUGGAGGGGAUUGUUAAGUUGGCGGUGUUUCAUGUUAGCUGUAAGACGAAGAACCCUCCUAAGAAGGAGUGAGGGGG